UGACGAAGCUACUGGCGGACAAUGCCCCGAAGGCGAUGAAGGAGCAAAAGCUGGAGAGCUACUUUGGCCGGAGGAUCGCCGUCGAUGCCAGCAUGAGCAUCUAUCAGUUCCUCGUUGUGGUUGGGAGGAAGGGGACUCAGAUGCUCACCAAUGAGGCUGGUCAAGUCACCAGUCAUCUGCAAGGCAUGCUUUACCGGACGAUUAGGCUGUUGGAAGCGGGGAUACAGCCAGUCUACGUAUUUGAUGGUCAACCUCCUGAUUUGAAGAAGCAAGAGCUUGCAAAACGUUUUUUGAAGAGGGCCGAUGCCUCUGAGGAGUUGGCAUUAGCCAUUGCGUCUCAGAACAAGCAAGACAUAGAGAAAUUCGGUAAAAGAACUGUGAAGGUGACACAACAGCACAAUGAAGAUUGCAAAAGACUACUAAGACUUAUGGGUGUCCCACUAGUUGAUGCUCCUUCAGAAGCAGAGGCACAAUGUGCUGCACUUUGCAAAGCUGGAAAGGUUUAUGCCGUUGCUUCUGAAGAUAUGGAUUCCCUUACUUUUGGAGCUCCUAGAUUUCUUCGCCAUUUUAUGGAUCCCAGCUCAAGAAAAGUUCCAGUCAUGGAAUUUGAAAUUUCCAGGAUCUUGGAGGAGAUGAAUCUGGAUAUGGAUCAAUUCAUUGACCUUUGCAUUCUCUCUGGAUGUGACUAUUGUGAAAGCAUUCAAGGUAUUGGAGGGCUGACUGCUCUUAAGCUCAUCCGUCAACAUGGUUCCAUAGAAAACAUACUAGAGAACAUAAACAAGCAAAGGUAUCAGAUACCCGAUAAUUGGCCCUAUGGCGAAGCUCGACUGCUUUUUAAGGAACCAAUAGUUUCUACGGAAGAAGAACCUGCGAUAAAAUUGACUGCUCCAAAUGACGAAGGCUUAAUGUCCUUUCUAGUGAAUGAGAAUGGGUUCAACAUUGACAGAGUGACAAAGACGAUAGAGAAGAUUAAGGCAGCUAAGGAAGAGUCAUCACAAGGCCGAUUAGAAUCCUUCUUUAAGCCAGCUAAGAAUCUAUCUAUACCUGCUAAGAGGAAGGAAAGCAAAUGCACACUUCAAUCCCCCAAUCUGGCGUUCAAGCCUAAGACAUGCUCUACACAAGUCUCUGUAAAUUUCCAGCACAGGUUCCUUGGCAACUUUAAAAUGCCAACCAUGGUCCUGGGUUUGAGGAACUUCAAACAGCCGUUGAGAGUUGUCUGCCUCCCGACAUGGAGCUAA